CGUCGGACUGACCUCAUCGACCCCUCCAGCGCAACGAAGAUGUGGGCAGGGCUUCAUUGCGAGUAUUAAUACGCCCGCAAUCCCCUUCAUCAUCCCGUGCUCAUUCCGGAGAUUUGUCUUGACCUCGUAUUCUGUUUUCUCCUGUCUUAGUCUUCUCCUCCAUCUUCCCCAAUCUCUCCAGGCUCCGCGGCCCUCCCCAUAUUUACUUCCUAGCAUUCACUUGCUGGUAGUCAACCCCACCACCCCAUCAAUCCCUACCACUUUUCCACCCUGGAUUUAUUCUUUGUGUCUCAACAUCCACCUCGAGGUUCUUUUCCUCUUCUCACAUCUUUUCCAUAAACAUUCCUCCUCAUAUCACCAUGUCUUCUGCUCUGCUCGACGAGGCGGCGCGCAUUGCCCGCCAGUUCGACUACCCCGCUGCAGAGGUGCGGCGCGGCGUGACGGAAUACAUCCGCGAGAUCGAUGAGGGUCUGUCCAAGGAGCACACGACCCUCAGUCAGAUCCCAACCUAUGUCACUGCGGUACCCAAUGGCACUGAAAAGGGAUUGUACCUGGCAGUAGAUCUCGGCGGCACCAACUUCCGCGUGUGUUCGAUCGAUCUGCAUGGAGACACCACCUUUUCCCUCACCCAGUCCAAGAUCAUGAUUCCUCGCGAGACCAUGUCGUCAGGGACCGCCAAGGAUCUUUUCUUGUUCUUGGCCCGCCAGAUCGAAGCGUUCCUGCGCAUCCACCACAACGAACACUUUGAAGCCCACCUCCGCCGCCGCAACGAGAAGAAUGGUAACUGUGAGGAGGACCUGUUUGACUUGGGCUUCACCUUCAGUUUCCCCGUGCGUCAGCUGGGAAUCAACAAGGGUACCCUGAUUCGCUGGACGAAGGGCUUCGACAUUCCCGACGCCGUGGGCCAAGAUGUCUGCGCGUUGCUGCAGAGCGCCAUCGAUGAGCUGGGACUCCCGGUGCGCGUGGCAGCCCUCGUCAAUGACACCGUGGGAACCUUGAUGGCCCGCUCAUACACCUCUCCUGGCGAGACGGGCACCUUCCUCGGGGCCAUCUUUGGCACGGGCACCAACGGAGCCUAUGUGGAGAAGCUUGACCGGAUCACCAAGCUGCAGACCAUUGAGCACUCGACAUAUGAUAAGACCACGGGUGAGAUGAUCAUCAACGCCGAAUGGGGCAGCUUCGACAACCACCUGAGCGUCCUGCCCAACACCAUCUAUGACCAGCAGCUGGAUGCCGAUAGCAACAACCCGGGCAUCCAGAUGUUUGAGAAGCGCGUCUCGGGUAUGUUCCUGGGUGAGAUCUUGCGUCGUGUCAUGCUGGACAUGCACCGCAACCCAUCCCCGGGCUUCCUCAAGUCAAGCGCGUCUACUGUUUCUGUGCCGAAGGAGUCAUCCUUGUACCGGCAGUGGGGUAUCGAUACGAGCCUGUUGAGUCUGGUCGAGGCUGACAAGACCGAGGACCUGGAGCAGACCAAGACGGCUUUGAGGGAUCAUCUCCGGAUCGAGCACCCCAGCGUUGAGGACUGCAAGGCGCUUCAGACCGUUGUGCAUGCCAUCGGUAAGCGCGCUGCUCGUCUGAGUGCCGUGCCGUUGGCUGCCGUCCUCAUCUCUACCGGCAAGCUGCAGAGUGAUGACCUCGUGGACAUUGGUGUGGAUGGCAGUCUGGUGGAAUUUUACCCCAACUUUGAAGGAUACAUGCGGGACGCCCUCCGGGAAGUGCCCGAGGUGGGUGAAGCCGGUAACGAGAAGAUCCGCAUCGGUAUCUCCAAGGACGGCAGCGGCGUGGGAGCUGCUCUGAUCGCCCUCGUUGCCAGCAAGGAAGAAAGCCGCCGAAAGUCACAAUAGUGUUGCUGGUCUAUGUGCAACUUGCUAGCAGCGAGCAGGUUGGAGUUCCGCAUUGGUUCGGUGUUAGCGGUUGGAAAGAAGGUUUGGGCUUUUUUACGG